AUGACACUCUAUACAAACCAUGGCUGCGGGUGGUCCCAUCGCGUCCACAUAGUGCUUAAAGAGCUGGGACUGGAUUAUGAGGAGGUGCUCAUAGACAUGGACGUGCCAAGGCCGGCUUGGUUUCUCAAGUUGAAUCCGCGUGGCUUAGUGCCUGUCUUUCAGUACACUCCAAUCGGAUCGAAUCAACAAUUCACCCUCGUAGAGUCCGCACAAAUCGUGUCAUUCCUCACGGAUCUUUAUCCAUCGCACAUCCUUCCAGUUCUUCCGUCUGGUCGAGAGUCGUGGGGAACAUGCUCUCGAGCAGAUACAGCAUAUAUGCGUUACCGAAUGUCUUUGUUUGUGGAUACCUACUUCACCAAGAUUAAUCCACUCAUGUUCAAACUCGUUGGCGCCGAUCCGGGAGAGCCACAAGAAAAGAUCGUGGACGACAUUCUCAGCCGUUUGAGCGAAGAGAUUGAGCCGCUGCUGUCAGGCGCCGACAUGGAUGGGAAAGGGCCAUACUUUGCAGGAAGUAAGAGUUUGACGUUUGUCGAGGUCAUGACAACACCUUUUGUCCUUCGGAUGAUCGACUUCUGCAACGACGUUAUCUUCCCAUCUCGCCUUGCCACAGCUAUGCUGGAUACCAACCCCUCGACAUCGAACAUACCACGGUUUGCCAAGUGGGCGAAGUUGUGUACCCAGCAUCCCAGUGUCACGUGUACUUGGGACAAGGAGUAUUUGCUUCCAAGAAUAGUGGAACGGUUGCCGGCCGCGAAGAGGAAGUAUGCUCCAGCAAAGGAGUGA